GGCCAGCCAGCGCAACGCAAGAAAGCGUUUCUUCCCAUCUUUUCUCAAUUCUUCCCCCCUUCACGAAUCCGUCCAAUUUCGCCCCAAAUUCCUUCCUGCUCCCGCGAUCGAUCUCACCUGGCGAUCGUCACUGGGGGGACAAUGGUUUGACUGUCAUAAGGGCAUUGAUCACUUUGUGCAAAAUGAUAACUAACAAGGUUCUUAUCACAUACAAGAGGAAGCGUCUUUCAGCGAAUGCAAAGCCUGUUAUUCUCAAAGCUGGUUCCUCAGUCAAGACUGAGGGAGAGCAUUGCUUUAGGUGUGGUAAUGUCGAUGUUAAUGAAAACCUGCUCACAUGCCAUAGAUGCUCUCGAAGCUACCAUCUUCGGUGCAUUGACUCUUCUUCUGAGUAUGUUUCUGAAGACAGUUGUCUAUGCUCUGCUUGUACUGAAAAAUGCAAUACUGAGGUACUUUUACUGCCCCAAUCGGGCAAAAUAAUAGAAAAUGAAAUUGUUGAGGAACCUGUAAUGAGUUCAGUGAAGCUGGAUGACCAGAAAGUAGUGUUGCAUUCAAGAUCACCUGAAGAGAAAUUUACUGAAGGAAGUGCUUCCCUAAUGGAUCCAACUAUCAAGAGAAUAAACAGCAUUACAGAUAAAAUAGGUGCAGAUUUUGGAUCAACAGGAAAGGUUGUUGAAGAAGCUUCACGGUUUUUAUCAUCAAAUUUGGAGAGUGUAGGUAGAUCAACUUCUAUAGAUCUAAAUAGUUGGACCGAAACAGAUCCUAAUUCCAGAUUUUCAGAGAGUGUUGCCUUGGUAGUCAGUUCGGAUAAAAAAUGUGGCAUAGUUCUGAAUGAUCACUGCCCAAAAGAGAAUACCAAGACUCGCUUGAUUACAUUUCAUAGAAGAGUCAAAAAGAAACAAAAUGUAGGUGAUGAAUCGAUCACAAGGUAUUCAAUGGAUGAGGGCAAACAGAGUCAAGCUUGUACACAGAGCCAUGAAUUAGGACAAGGCUGUAGAUGUGCUGACUCAACAGUAAUAUCCGAAGUAAGUGGGCCUAGUCAACUCCGUGAGGUUCAACAGAAUGCACAUGAUAUCAGGAAAGGUCAGGAUGUUGAAGCUAAUGGUGCUGAACUUAAACAUGUUGGAGAAGGUGAUGCAGCAGAUGAACAAAAAGAACUAUGUUUUCAGCGACCCCAUAUCAUGUCUCAAGAUCCCGUGCCUUCCCUACCUUCACAUGAUCUUAAUCUUCAAUCUGUUAACUUUGAUAGUUCAGCAAGUGAUGCAACAGAAGAACCUAUAUUACUGCACAAAAACAAGCAUUCAGGAAUAUCCAACAAUGUUACAUCCAUGACAAACAACAAGGGAACUGAAUUAGUGUUAGAGGAGAUAGGGAUGGUGAGUGGAACAAAGCUCUUUGCUCCCAUGCCUGUUUCUAUCAACUCAAAGCCAGGGAUAAAUCCUACUGUUUUUAUGGCUGAAAACUUGCUGGAGUCACAAAAUUCAUCUCAGAAUAUUGAGCUUGUAAUUGUCGAUGAGGAAGCUAAUGACAAAGCUAAACCUUUAAAGUGGCUGAAAAUGCUUGACAAUGAAUUGGAGGCUAAAGGAGGAAUUGGCUCAUCCAAUCAGAUGGAGAAAAACAGCAGAAAUUGCAGAGUUGUAUCGAAUGGAAGAGCUUCCUCUGUGAACCCUAUUGAUAUAUCCACAAAGAUUCAACUCCACAAGGAUAUGCCAAAAGAAUGCAAGAAUCAGAUAUCCAGAUUACAGGAUACACUCCAGAUUAGGUCCAAUUUCUCAAUAUAUGAAAAGCAACAGAAUGAAAGGACAUCAAACAACCCUAAAUAUACAGAUUUCCUUGAUCUUUCUCAUCCUUUGGAUUCUGAAGCACAUGAAGUUUCUAUGAAUGAUCUACGGAGCACGAUGGCGCCAGUAAGUGUCAAAGACACUCUUAAAUACAGUUGGCAUAAGGUGGGUGGUGCUGCAUCCCUAGAUAAGCUAUUGCAUGAGAGUGAUUUGAUUGGCUCACAAGUGUUGAAAGAGAGCACUUUCUUAGAUAAAGUUCAGAGUUUUUCUCACGAAUGGUCUGAGGAAGAAUUAGAUUCCCUUUGGAUUGGUGUGAGAAGACAUGGACUGAAUAAUUGGAGUGCCAUCUUAAUGGAUCCAAAAUUAUGCUUUUCAGAAUCAAAGGUCGCAGAAGACUUGGCUGAGCGAUGGGAUAAAGAGCAGCUGAAGCUUCUUAAUGGUGCAUCUUAUCAGCCAAGAAGACCAACUUCAGAUCUUUCAGUGCGACUUGGUGGGGGCUGGGAUGACAGUUGUUGGGGGCGUACAGCAUCAAAUAAAUUUUACAGAGAGAGAGACAUGGCAUGCUAUGAUCUACCGACACUAAGAGCAGAAACUAAACUUUCUCUAGGUGGUGUAUAUGGUGAGAGUGAGAACAAUACCAAGAGAAAUUUGCCUCAUUUACCAGGCUUUUCUGUAAACUCUCUUACAUUCAGAAAUUCCAUUACAAAUCCCUUUAUAGGAAGCAUCCCUACAUGUUCGAUUCUCCAAAGGCCAGGAACUGGUUAUCAGAAUGCUUUGAGUACAAAAUACCACUGGUAUGAUUGUGAAUCAUAUACUUCACCGAAAAAAACAAUUGAAGCGGAAGCUCCCAAAACAGGUACUACAAAUAGUACUCUUCCCCAUUGGCUCAAAGAAGUGUUGACUAUCCCUCAACAGCGCAGUUUUCCAGUGACUUGCGGAGUUUCAAGCUUAAACUCUGGUCCUAUGAUUAAUGCUGAUGAAAGACUCACUGUUUUUCCUAGUGCCAUUGAGCCUCCUGUUCGGCGCAAAGAUUACCGAGGAAGGGGAAUAUUGAAGAGGAAUAACAUUACCGCGAGAAAGAAUGUCAACGGUGUUAGGUUGUCUGAGAAUUCGGAAAAUUCUUUAUUGCAGAGUAGAUUCUCCUUCCAAUCAAAUGUGGGAUCAAUUCCUCCAAAACCCACACCACCUUUCAAUACAGUUCCUCGAGCAAGUGAUGAUGUCUUAGAGCUGAAUAACGCAAGUUGUGAACCUACCACACCAAGUAAUUUAGUAGUUAUCGAGAGUGAUGUGUCUUCCGAGGAAACGAUAUCAGAUGAUCAAGGAAAUAGGUGGUAGCUUGCCCCCAUUAGAAAUUAUCCCCAUAGUUAUCUGUACAGAAUUUUGUUAUGUCUACCAAGUUUCCAUUAUGCAGCAAGUAUCUUGUACAGAGUUUUGUUGUGAGUUGUAAGUUCGCUUUCCA